UCUCUUCAGUCUUCAGUCUUCACGUCACUCGAGCUGUCGCGCAAACGCAAACGUCAAACCCUAGGCGUCCGUGUUCUCUUUUCUUCCACUUUCUUCACUCGAUCUCUUCAGUCAUCACUUUCUCUGUCGAGCUCGAGUCGAGGCGAAGACGAGUGUGCCUCUCAGCUUCAUAUCUCUCUCUCGCCGCCUCGCGCAGAACUCACGGCCGCCGAAUCACUGUCUUGCGCAGAACCUUCUCUGCUCGGCAGCUCGGCGACCAUCCCCGUCUUCUCUGCAUCUGCUUGGCAGCUUGGCGACCAUCUUCUUCUUCUCUGCAGUAUGCUCGGAUCCCACGGCCAGGACCCACGAUCCCAAGAGGUGAGAAAACAGCACUGAAAUUGCAAAAAAAAAAAAAAAAAAGAUGAUGCCUUUAAUGCGGGUAUUUGGACCAGACUGAAGCCCGGAUUAAUUUGGGUUAGACUUGGCCAUUUGGACUUUUUAGGAAUAUUCAGGCCGAGCCUAAAAAAGCCCAGCACGCUUGACUUACGAGCUCGUCUGAGAGUGUCAAUUAUGUGAAUGCGUGCUUGUUGCAAUUGGACCAACACCUAGUUGAUAAUGUGGCUAUUUGUCUGUUGUAAAAAGUAGCAGAAUUGGUCAAAGAAACAUUCGGAAUCUGUACAUAUUCUAUAUCAGCAGAAUUUGCUUAGUUCAUUUCAGUUGCUGUGACAAAUUAUGGCAUCAUCAUCAGCAUCUUCAACCAAACUGAGCCUGAAAUUACUUAUUGAUCAAGAGAACGAAAGAGUUCUGUUCGCCGAAGCAUCAAAGAACUUCAUAGACUUCCUCUUCAACCUGCUUCGUUUGCCUAUUGGCACAGUCGCAAGCCUUCUAACCAAGAACGACAUGCUGGGCUGCAUUGGCAAGCUCUGUGAAAGCGUUGAGAAUCUCAGUGAUGAUUACUGGUUGAACCCAAUUCGUGACAAGGAUGCUUUACUGAAACCAAACACUUGGUUAUACUCUGGAAAUCUUCUUCUGCCAGCAACAAAUCAUGGCAAUUAUACUGGCGGAUCAGCGUCUGCACAGUACAGUUCCAGUUCUGCGUCGUUCGGUAGCAGUUCUCUGUUCAGUUUCGGUUCCAGUUCUGCACCAUCCGGUUCCAGUUUUUCAUUCUGUUCCAGUUCUGCACCGUCCAGUUCCAGUUCUGGCUAUAACACAAAAGCUACAGCGAAGAAAACUUGUGGUGAGGGUGGGUUUGUGAAAGAAGUUGUGACUUACACUGUAAUGGAUGAUCUUGAAGUUCGUCCCAUGUCUACUAUUUCAACCAUCACUUUGUUGUCAAAGUUCAACAUCAAAGAUAUUACUUCCUUACAAGAAAGGAUCGUUGAGUUAGACAUGGAACAGGGUAUCAAACUGUUGAAAGCGUCUCUGGAGUGCAAGAAUGUGUUAACUAGCGUGUUCCUCAAGGGCGUUUAAUUAGUUCCUUUCCUUUUUUUGAUGGACUUUCUUUAGGGUUACUGUGUUUAUGAUUAUAUAUGCCCAUGUUUUAUUUCACAUGGCUUUGAAACUAGUGACCGACCCUGGCGUUGCAUUCAUGCGAAGUAGGGAAAAAUUGCACGGGGCGUUAACGUGUAAUGUAAAAUUGAUAACUUUCAUUUUGAACCAAGUAAUCAUGAACAAUUUUAAUCACUUGUAUUUUAAAACAUGUCAUUGAGAAUAGCUCACUCAUUACACUAUA